GAACGCGUUGCUUACGUCUCUUACGUACAGUGUGGAGGGCGGCAGCCUUGACGUCAUCACGUUGGGCGUCGCUGUGGACUGUGGACUGUCCGCGUGGAGCAGCGGGGAAGGUUCCAGUGUUUUGGUCAUCAUGGCUCUCACUCAGGUGUCCUCCAACAAGUGUGCAGGUGGCUUCCAGAAAGUGUUCGAACAUGAGAGCACGGAGCUCAAGUGUAAGAUGAAGUUUGCGGUUUACCUGCCGCCGAAGGCCGAGACGGACAAAUGUCCUGUCAUGUACUGGCUGUCAGGCCUGACGUGUACGGAGCAGAACUUCAUCACUAAAGCUGGAAGUCAGCUUCCUGCUGCAGAACACGGUAUCAUCAUCGUGGCUCCAGACACCAGCCCACGUGGCUGUAACAUCGAGGGCGAGGACGAGAGCUGGGACUUUGGCACCGGAGCUGGUUUCUACGUGGACGCCACAGAGGAGCCGUGGAAGAACAACUACCGCAUGUACUCGUACGUCACCGAGGAGCUCCCCAAACUGAUCAACGCCAACUUCCCCACCGACCCAGACAGGAUGUCCAUCAGCGGGCACUCCAUGGGCGGCCACGGGGCGCUCAUCUGUGCCCUGAAGAACCCUGGGAAAUACAAGGCUGUCUCUGCGUUCGCUCCCAUCUGUAACCCGGUCCAGUGUCCGUGGGGACAGAAAGCGUUCUCGGGAUAUCUCGGCUCCGAUAAGUCCACAUGGGAGGUGUACGAUGCCACCGUGUUGGCAGCGUCCUACUCCGGUCCUCAGCUCGACAUUCUCAUCGAUCAGGGCCGUGACGACCAGUUCCUGUCAGCCAGCCAGCUGCUGCCCGACAACCUGAUCGCUGUCUGCUCCGAGAAGAAGAUCCCCGUCGUCUUCAGGCUGCAGCCGGGCUACGACCACAGCUACUUCUUCAUCUACUCCUUCAUGAAUGAUCACAUCAAGCAUCACGCCAAGUUCCUGAACGCCUGAAGCUGACAGUUGUUUACUGCGACCUGCUGCCAUCAAUCCCAAACCUUCAUGAUCCUGAUGACGGAAUCUGACAGUUCGAAGUGUUCGUGCCUUCAGUUUGAAAAGAACAAAACCUUUUAUUUUGAAGGGCUAGGUUGUGGUUCUCAUCAUUUGUUGUGUUUGGUAAUACUUCAUACUUGAGUGCAGCAUCUCGUUUAGUUUCAUUGAACAUGUUUGCUAGUGGGGCAGUGAUCAUGUGAACAGUCCCAGCUGUUUUUCACAAUAAAAUCCUGUUCUUCAUA